AUGACGUUGGAACAAUUAGCAUCGAUAGCAGAUGAAAUCAUCGACGUUGUGCGCGUCAACUCCGUGGACGCAGUCACGGCUCACCAUCCUACACAGCAACAAAAUUCAAUGCACGCAAAUACUAACGAUUCCAUCGAGAACAGAAUCGGACGUAUCGAACAGACACUCGUACGUAUGGAGCAAAAAGACGAUGCCAUAGACUACGAGGAAAUAGCUAAGCAACAAUCAACUUGCGCUGACCUCCAAAAGCUUUUGCAGUCAAAUAACACAGGCCUACAAUUCAAGCAAAUCAAGUUGUCCGCAGAAUCUACGCCUAUUACAUGCGACGUGUCAGGUAACGUAGCUCGCCCUUACAUACCGCCUGAACAACGGCAGCUCGCAAUUGCAAAAUUUCACAACAUUGCGCACCCUGGAAAAAAAGCAACUGCACGGUGGCCUGAAGCUAUUCCUCUAGCAGACAUAAACGCAGAAACGAUUGCCCUUGCCCUACUCAAUGGUUGGAUAAAAAACUUCGGCGUACCGUUAAGAAUUUCAACCGAUCAGGGUAGGCAGUUCGAGUCUACACUGUUUCGCGAACUAUCUAAAGUAUUGGGCAUUUCACAUCUGCGAACCACAGCUUACCAUCCACAGUCAAACGGUUUGAUAGAGCGAUUUCGUCGAACCUUAAAAGCAGCGAUCAUGUGCACAAAUUCGCAUAAGUGGUCUUAUCAACUGCCGCUCAUCCUACUUGGCCUCCGAUCAAUAUAUAAGCCUGAUAUUAAAGCAACACCCGCACAAAUGGUCUACGGUACUAACAUCAGACUUCCAGGCGACAUGUGUGAAACACGCAAGACGACAUCUCCAUCGGAAUUUGUUCAGAACCUGUUAGCUAUCAUGCACGACCUGCAGCCGACGAACACAUCGCAUCACCACAAGCGCAAGCCUUUCAUUUUCCCAGCACUGACUACAGCUACCCAUGUUUUCGUUAGAAACGAUACUGUGCGACCAUCGCUGACACCGCCAUACAACGGACCAUACGAGGUCGAGGAGCGUUCAAACAAGACAUUCAAGCUCAAAAUUCACGGUAAAUCGGUAACAGUCUCGAUCGACCGUAUUAAGCCUGCCUUUAUAUACCAGACUAGCGAAGAAUCGCAAAGCAUUGGCGACAGUCAGCAAAACACAUCUUCAGAGGAGGACGUUGCGAAGCCUAUGCCAUCUGAAAAAAAGACCAGAACCGGACGCGCA